AGACCACACUGUUGAAACCGAUGAACUAUUCAUAAGUACCUACUUCGGUUUACUUUUUAUACCUGCUGCACAGUUGAACUCCGCCUGGAAUUGUGAUCCAUUAAUCUUAGCUAUUGUCCUUAAUCACCGGACGAAUCAGACGAGAGCUGCGAGUUGAGCGCAACUUUGAAUUCUGCGUCAGUUGACGUUUCCUAAAGAUAGGCUACUUUAACUGCUACCAGGUUGUGCUGUUAAGUAAAGUUCAUACGGCUAGUUUCCGCGGAAGAGAGGAUGCUUUCAGAGACUUUUGGCAAAGGCGCAUUGACGAUGAUAACCACUCCAGGACGAUAGAGCAACAACUGAGCGAACAAAGCCCGUUCACUCUGUAGUCUAGGCAGCAACUGGACAGAGACCUUAGGUUUAUGUUGAUACGGUCGUCCAUUCUUCUUUAAUCUCCUUGCUUCGCGCUUUAAGCUGAUUUAUGUUCGAUCCGCUGCCCACGCGCGCAGUUCAAAGUGCGCCUUGAUGCGUAAUUGUUUUACAGAAUCGAGUAUUGAAGGGUUCGGUCCAGCGCGUGGUGCCCAUCCGAACUGGCUGACAAGUUCAAAUUAACAAUUGGACAUCUGAACACCUUCAGCUUUCCUCUCACAACUCAAUAAAUGGGUAACCUGGAUAAUUGUUCUCUUAGGGAUUGUGCUCUCUCUUAAUCUCGUACCGCGUCACUUGUUUUGAAUCUAUUUCAUCUUUUAACAAGACCGUGAUGUUUUUGAAUUUGGUUCUUCCACUGACGUCCAUCCUUUUGAUAAGAGGUGUUCAUGGUCAGAUGGUCCAGAUGGAUAGCAGUAAGUCAGGAUUUGUGGGCUCACAGGUAGAGCUACGCUGUCAGUUUGUCAACAGCAACCCACCUGUAAAAAUCUCCCAGGUCACCUGGCAGAAGCUGGUCAAUGGCACCAAGCAGAAUGUGGCCAUUGCCAAUCCAACCCUGGGUGUGUCAGUGCUGAACCCCUUUAAAGAGCGUGUGCGCUUCAAGAAUUCCGCCAUCCGCCAGCGCACGCCUUCCCUGGAGGACACCACCGUAGUCUUCAACAAACUAAAACUGUCGGAUGAAUCCACCUACAUCUGCGAGUACACAACCUUCCCAGCUGGCAACAGGGAGAACAUGGUUAAUCUCACUGUUUAUGCUCGCCCUAUGAUCCAGAUGAGUCUGUCCACACCCUCCAUAGUGGCGGGAUCCAAAGAUCUGAAGAUGACUGUUGCCACGUGCGUUUCUGCCAACGGGAAGCCACCUAGUGUGAUCACAUGGGAAACUGAUUUAGAUGGAGAAUCUAACACCCAGGAGAUACGCAACUCCGAUGGGACUGUCACAGUGCGCAGUGAUUACUUGGUGGUUCCCAGUCGAGAAAUACACCAACAGCUGCUCACCUGCAUAUCCACAUAUAAUGAUGAAAAAUACACAGACAGUGUCACGCUCAACAUUCAGUAUGAACCAGAGGUGUUAAUAGACGGCUUCGAUGGAAACUGGUAUUUGAACAGAGAAAACGUUCAGCUUACCUGCUUGGCUGAUGCCAACCCACCCAUCUCUUUGUUUCAGUGGAGAUACUUGAAUGGAACUAUGCCAAGUACAGCAGAACUUCGUGACGAUGUGCUGAUCUUCAAAGGUCCUGUAACCUAUGACAUCGCAGGCACAUACAUCUGUGACGCCACCAACAGCAUUGGGACAGGCUCAGCAUCCGUUGAGGUCAUUGUCACAGAAUUCCCUAGCUACCCACACGGGGUGACUCAGGAGCAACAGCCAGCAGGUGCCAUCAUUGGUGGAGCUGUUGUUUGUGGCACAGUGCUGUUGGCUGCCAUUACGCUCCUGAUAGUGUUUUUCUAUCGCCGGAGACGCACGUUUAAAGGAGAUUACAGUACCAAGAAGCAAAUCCUUGGAAAUGGCUACAGCAAGGCUGGAAAUGUGCCGCCACACUCCUCGUUACCUCACAGUCUGACCUUCUCUGAAGAAUCAGAUGAAGAGAAGAAGCUGAAACUUUACAGAGGCUCCAGUGUCUUAGGAGGAAGCGCUCAAGAGUUUCACAACUGCCAUGACAGCAGGAUGAAAGCCUACUGCACGGGACUGAUCGAGGACCAUGAGAAAUGCAGAUGUAAUGAGCAGACUUAUUUUUACGAGUAUGAAUCUGAGGUGGAAGUCUCAGUGGACAUGGUUCCUCAAAUGGACGGCUCUGUCAUCUCUAAAGAAGAGUGGUAUGUGUAGAAUUCAAAACGUUGAACUUCUCAGCAUGGUCCUUUUUUGCUAUCUUCUCGUUCUGUGCCAUCUCCUUCCUUUUGAAGCAGGCUUUGGGAUCCAAACUGACGUUGGAUUAGAUUCACCUAGACAACAUUGUUGGCAUGAAAAUCAAAAUGAUGAUGGUUGUUUGAAGAUUGACCAGUGUUGGGGAAAGUUACUUUUAAAAGUAAUGCAUUACAAUAUUGCUUUACUCCCUAAGAAAGUAACUGCAGUAAGUGCAUUACUUAGUUACUUUUUAUGAAAAGUAAUGUUACAUUACUUUUGCGUUACUUUUUCUCACCUGGGCUGGGCUUGCUUGUUUGUUUUUUAAUAACAACAAAAAAAGUUAUAUUUUUGGCAAAUGUUAAGGCCCUUUCACACCAAAAGUGAAAUGAAUAAGCCUCAGGCUGAAGGAAAUGCAUAUUUACGCCUGUACAGUAGAGAGCGCAGCUCAAACAAACCUUUCAGCUGUACUGCUAUUCUGGAUUAAAAAAAGAAUAGGAUACAGGAGAAGGAAGUUCAACACUCUUAUUUCUAAAUCUACACUAAAGUAAUUUCUGCUUAUUCGUAUGCUUGAAUUAGAUCAUUGAAUGUCAGCAGCAAAGACAUUGGUUAAUAAAGUGAGAUUAAAAACAAAGUAUAUUUGUGUAAUUUAAUACAGUUAAUUAUUACAGGUUUGCGUAAAAUUCUGAGAUUGCAUUUCACUGUUUUUAUUCAUUUUAAGGAAUACUGAAUGUUUUUGUGCAAGUGAGAUGAGUAAAUGCAUGUUCACAUUUAGUCUAGAACUACAGUAACCAUUAUAUUUACACAGCGCAAACAACACCUCUGCACUUUAUUUCUCUCACCAUGAGGACAAGAGAGCUGUCAGUCAAUAAAUGUGAAAAAGUAACUUACGUUACUUAUUUGAAAUCAUCACAAUCCUUCACAUAGAAGACUAUCCCAUAAUACAUUGCAGUAAACUCACUGAAAAAGAAAUAUAAAUAAGAUGGUGAACAAGGCAAGUGUAUGUUGUUUUAUUAUGCAGUUAAGUUAUAUUUCUUAUACCUAAAAAGAGUGAUAUACAUAUUUAAAUGUUAUUAAAAAUGAAUUAUUUUGCCAAAUAUUUGUGUAUGUUGUGGUUGAAAUUCCCCUAGGCACCUGACUUAAGUUUAACGGGAACCCCUGACGCCUAAAAAUAGCCACUCUGAUUACAUUGGACAAAGCAGAUGCUAAAGAAUAAUAUUCUGACUUCAUAAGAUGCCUAAGACUAUAAGUAUACUGACCACAUAAAAUGGCAAAGACUAUAGCUACUCUGACCAGUGUUGGGGAAAGUUAAUUUAAAAGUAAUGCAUUACAAUAUUGCGUUACUCCCUGCAACUAAUGACUAACGCAAUUAUGUACUUUUCAUAGAAAGUAAUGCAUUACAUUCCUUUUGCGUUACUUCUCACCUGGGCUGGUGAGAAAAGCCCAGGUGAGAAAAAGGUGACCCCCACCCAGGUGUAAAGACCCUUUUACACCAAAAGAGAAAUGAAUAAGCCUCAGGCUGAACGAAAUGCAAAUUCAUGCCUCAAUUGGAUCAUCAAAGGUUAGCAGCAAAGACACUGGUUAUUAAAGUGAGAUUAAAUAUAUUUGUUUAAUUUAAUAUAUUUAAUUAUUGCAGGUUUGUGCAAUAUUCUGAGAUUGCAUUUCACUGUUUUUAUUCAUUUUGAGGAAUACUGACUGACUGGCAAGUGAGAUGAGUAAAUGCCUGCUCAUAUAUAGUCUAGAACUACAAUACCCAUCAUGUUCACACAGCGCACACAACACCUCAGCACCUUGCGCCCGAUUUCUCUCAACAUGGGGACAGGAGAGCUGUCAGUCAAUACAUGGGAAAACAAAGUAACUUGCGUUACUUAUUUGAAAAAGUAACUUAGAUAUUUUGUUGUAAAUUAUGUAAUAAAAAAUGUAAUAGUUACUUGAAAAAAGUAAUCUGAUUGUAAUGCAUUACCCCCAGCACUGACUCUGACUACAACAGACGCCUAAGAAUUAUAACUACAAAAGAAUACAAUAGUUUAUAGAAUAAAUGCAUGGCAAAGGUGGCAUGAUUCAUUAUUAUAUUAUCAUAAUUUUUCUCUAAUAUAAUUGGUUCUUCAUAUUGGUUCUGUAUAAUUCUCUGUUACUAGCUAAAAGCAAAGUUGGAUUCCUUGAUACUUCAGCUUGUUGCUCAAGUCAUGAUGUUAAAGGUUAUUUUUUUCAGACAGCUGUCUAGUUUUGUUUCCUCUUUUGUUAUAUUCAGACAAGUGUUAUUUGGCCCGAGUGUUGGGGACAUUUAUGCAUAUAAAUGUUAAUCCAGCAAGAAGGAAUGUUAGUUAUGAUUAAUUAAAAAAUUCCUUCACAGUGUUUAUGCAUAUAGAAUAUUGUUCUGUUAGCUUAGCAACAUGCUAAUUUAAAACUCUAUUGAAAUCAAUUCUGAGUUGCAUUCUCCUGUGCGCAACACUAUUUAUGCGACCCAGCGAGUUUCUAACUAUUUAGGCAUCCAAAAUCAGUCACUUUCCAUGACAUCUAGGAUGUUAAAUUAUUAGGUUUUGUAACAGUGCUGUUAGCUUUUCAACAUGCUAACUUCAAACUCUAUUGAAAUCAGUUGUUUGUUGAGUUGUCCUGUGCAGAGUUUCUGUUGAGCUAGGUGUCCUAAAUCGGUUAUUUUCAAUGAUGUUUAGGAUACUGGCUCACUAGGUUUUGUAACAGAGCUAAUAUCACUAACAUACACUAGGCAUUCAGUACAGCCCUUUAAAAUGGACAUCAAGUUUGGAUGAGAAUACAUGUCUUGACAGUGCCAUUGUUUUGAGAAAGCAGUUUCGCCUCGGUAUAGUGUUCACUCAAGGACAAGUAAAACUGUACUAUAACCUAUAAACUGUGAAAGUCUUACACUGUGGAUAUAAUUUUAUGCAUGAUUCUUGGAAACUUUGCCUUGUUUUGUCAGAUACUGUGUUUUUGUUAUUGAAACCGAAUAAUGACCUUCUGCCUGCUAUAAACACAGGUUUCAUAAUACAAUACAAUACUUCUCUGCACUGCAGUAGUCAAAUAUCACCUAUUAAGAAUAUGAACACAUGUAGAUAAACAAUCAAAUACUACUGUGGCUGUAGCUUUCAAGAAUCAGCAAUUCAGUAAUGCACGUCUCAGUGGCUGCAGUCUACAAUAUGAGGCAUGCUUAUGAUGUUAUGUUGUAAUUUGAAGUUAUUUGAGAUGAUACAAAAAUACAUUGUACUAUACUGUAUAAGUGGUGCGAAUUGCUUUAUGUAAAAUGAUUUUAUAUAAAUGACACUGAGGAACAUACUGCUUGAAUUGAAUUACAUUAGCUUUUGGUGUUGUUCAGCUAAUGGACUUCCCUAGGAUGUGCUGUAUAAUAUUUAAUACAUUGUGUUUUGUGCUAUUUGAAAGAAUUUGUGUUUAUGUUUAUUAUGCUGCCAAGACAAACAUAUUCAGAUAUACAGUGUUUUUGCUGUUCUCGUUAUUUGUAUCUAUUGUAAAAUUUAUUGUGAAGUGUUAAUAAGUCUUGUGAAUUCUCGGCUGAAAUAAAUAAAAACGUGUAUCAAGUCAGUUAAAAUAAUCAAGAAAAAAUUAUAUUAUAAAGUCUUUGUCUGGUUGUGAAGCCUAUUUCGGAGUGUCUAUUUACACUAAGUGCAAAUAGUGUCCCUUGUUGGCAAACGCUAUUUACACUAGUUCCACCCACCAAUGUCUGGUUGGGCCAAGUUUUAAAAAAAACACACUGAUUUAAACGUCUUCAGUGGCACACCGGUAGCGAAUACGGCUCACAGACGUGACUUUUAACGCGAUUGACGUGGGUUCGAAUCCGCCUUUUGCAGAGCUGAGGUGAGGUGCAAAUAGUAUCUGCCAAUAUAGAUUACUAUUUAUUCAUAUUGCAAAGAACUGAUACUUUUACUUGGUGUAAAUAGAAUCUAUAGUUAUUUCCACAUAGUGUAAAUAGCAUAUCGCUAAGAAAAUGCUGCUAUUGUCACUUAGUGUAAACAGAAAAUAUGCUAUUUUCACUUAGUGUAAAUAGCAUCUAUUGCUAUUUUCACUUAGUGCAAAUAGCUGCUGCCAUAAUAUUUUGCUUCUGAUAAAAUAUAUCAAAAUCAAUAAAUGAAUAAGCUCCAUUUUCCAAGCAGAGCAAUUUGAGUAUGUUUGGGGUCAUCUGGUCUGGACAUUCUUUGUGGUGUGGGUCUCUUAUUUGAGGUUGGAUAUGGGUCUGUUUCGAGUGGAAACAUUAUGCCAUUAACAUCUCUUUUACAGCCAUUAGAGCGCCCCACGACAAAUCCCCUUUUUACUAGUUGCCAUUGACAUCAUUGUUGUUUUAUGUACACAGUGACCUAAGUGAAAGCUCCCAUGAAUACCUUCCAUGGCAGCCCCGUUUGUUGGUAUGAGUUUGCACAAAAGAAGGGCAUGUAAGCUAAUGUGAGCCGGAUGUGUGGGUUUUUUUCUCAUCAACACGAAACAAUAGGACUUGAGCCGACAAUAGAGCUAUUCUCAUUAAUGUUAGAGCAGAAACAUGUUUCAGAGGCAUGUCACGUUUGAAUACUUUCCGAUACUUCACGUUUAAGUACUAUCCGAUUAUUUAAAAAGUGAUUGUGUGUUACGUAGUGUAUAUAUGGUUGAAUUAGCAAGGAGAUGCAAAACAUUUAUAUU